AUGUUAAUCACUGUUCGUGGUGAACUAGUAGAAAUUCCUUCCCUCACAGAUAUAAAGCAGUCGGGAAAAGGAGUUGUACGCGAGGGAUGGGUGAUGUUAAAGGAAGAAAAAGUAAAGUAUCUUCCAUGGACGAAGAAAUGGCUUGUCCUUUCUCAUAAUUCUAUUUCCAUCUAUAAAAACAGCAAAUCAGAUACAGCUCAAUGGACGAUUCUUUUAAAGGACAUUGAAAAAGUAGAGCGUUCCAAAUCCAGGACUUUUUGUUUUCGAGUGAAAUCUAAAACUUAUCAAUCCACCACAGUCUUUCAGGCUCUUGAAAUUUCAGUCUCAAAUAACAUGGAUUGCUAUGAGUGGAUGGAUGCCAUUUCAGCUAGAAUUUUGUCCAACAAGGUUUCGGGGCCCAUGGAUCCUAAACACGAAGUACAUGUAGGAGUUGAUAAUCACGGUAAAUACAUCGGGCUUCCCAAAGAAUGGUCUAUCUUGCUCAGAAGCAGCUCAGCUUAUACCCAUGACUUUCUUGAAGAGCCUAAAUCAGUCAUCCAAGCGUUCGACGGUUACAACGAAGAAUGUUCCUAUCAAAAAAAUUCCCCUGAAACUGAAAAUCAAGUGGAAAUGAAAGGCUCAAUUAUUCAAUAUAGAUCUCCUGUGUUUUCUCCUUCAGCUAUGUCAGAUGAGGCAUCUCUUCACAAUUCUGAUUCUACGACUGCAACCUCUUCGUAUGAUGAUGGAGACCAACUGACGCUAAAUUAUCAUGUCUCUAAGAAAAUAAGCAAAAACUCUAGUGAAACGUCUUUAGGCUCUUCUAAUGAAUCGAAUGCCUUGGUUUUCUCAGCCAACAAUAAAAUCCAGCCCGUUCCUUCCAUCCCUAAUAAAAAUGAUGUGGCCUCCAAUGCGAAGUUAACAGAGAAACAAGCAAUGGAAAUCUUAAAGGUCUCCGUUACACCAAAGGAUCCAAACCUUAUUUUUUCUAUAAAGCACAAGCUUGGUCAGGGUGCUUCAGGAUCAGUGUAUUUGGCCAAGGUCAAAGCGGGAAAUCAAGUAUACAAGGAUGAGCUGGUAGCCGUUAAAAGUAUGGAUCUUCACUUUCAGAAUCGGAAAGAGCUGAUCUUAAAUGAAAUAACCGUCAUGCGUGAGUCGUUUCACCCAAACAUAGUUAGCUUCCUUGAUGCUUUUCUCAUUAAAGACCGGCAUUUAUGGGUUAUAAUGGAGUAUAUGAAUGCUGGGUCUCUAACAAAUAUUAUUCAACAGCACAAACUUACCGAAGAACACGUUGCUCGUAUUUGCCUAGAAAUAUGUAAAGGCAUCCAACACUUGCAUGCACGCAAUGUGAUCCAUAGGGAUAUCAAAAGCGACAAUGUGCUUCUGGAUAAGCAAGGGAACAUAAAAAUUACGGAUUUUGGUUUUUGCGCACGCCUCAUGGACCGCUCUCAUAAGCGUGUAACUAUGGUCGGGACGCCGUAUUGGAUGGCUCCUGAAAUUAUUAAACAACAAAAAUAUGGAACAAAGGUUGAUAUUUGGAGUCUUGGGAUAAUGAUUAUUGAAAUGCUUGAAAACGAGCCUCCUUACCUUCGAGAAGACCCCAUCAAAGCAUUGUACAUGAUUGCAAAAACAGGAGCUCCUUCUCUAAAAAAACCAGAACUUGUAUCAAAAGAAUUACAUUCUUUUUUAAACUCUUGCUUAAAUAGUGAGACAAUUUUUAGAGCGACUGCCGCUGAACUGUUAAACCACACCUUUCUUCGUCGAGCAUGUUCACCUAAGAGCUUAAUUCCUUUAAUUUCUUUUGACAGUGUCAAACCCCAUAAUCAUUAA